UCACACACACAGAGGCACACACACACACACUCUUUCUCAGGCCUGGCAGGCAGGCUGCCCUUCCUGUGCGCACAGAUCCCUCUCUGUGUGCCGGCCUGGUUGGGGGCCUCCCUGGAGCACCGGCCACAGCACCAGGACACUGGGAAGGCACUGGGACCCAACUGGGACCCAACUGGGAGGAAGGAGAACAAGAGUUUUUGGGAUCUGGUAGCUGGAAGGCCAUGGGGAACUGCAGAGCCAGCCACCCAGGCAGAAGGAGCAGGACUUGAAGAUGCCGAGCCUCGCCUCCUGCCUGAGCAGAGUGGGGGUCCUCUUGGCAGCCGUCCUGGUGACCACGUCCAUCACUAUGUCCGGAGAGUGGGGCGAGGAAGGGGUGACCUAUGGCCAGAUAGGGAAGGAUGUGACCCUGACCUGUGCCGGAGGAAGUCCCAGCUCCCCCAUCACCUGGCACUGGAACGGGGCCCCAAUCCUCCCCGAAGGGUCUGAGGUCCAUCAGGGGCAACUCUUCCUGCUACAAGCCCAGCGCAACACCGAGGGACUCUACAGCUGCCAUGACGCCGGAGGGUCUCUCCUCGGCUCCACCACUCUCCGCCUCGGACGACUUCCAGAGAUGCCUUCCAUUUCGUGCCAGGCUUCCGACUAUGAGAACUUCUCCUGCUUCUGGGCCUCCAGCGUCGAGACCUUCCUUCCCACCAAAUACAUCACCACCUACAGGAAAAGGCAGCUACUUGGAAAUGGGAAUCAAAGCUCCCCAUCGGGUGACGUGAGGCCGUGUGUCCAGGACCCCUCCCGCCCAUUCUCCUGUUUGGUCAGCAAGUCCGAGUUCUGGAGCACCUACCGCAUGAACGUGACGGAGGUCAACCCACUGGGUGCCAGCUUCCGCCUCCUGGACGUCACCCUUCACGCCAUCAUCAAGCCGGACCCUCCUGAGGGCCUUCGGGUGGAUCCGGUGCCCUUUGCCCCCCAGCAACUGCUGGUCAGCUGGGAAUAUCCAUCCAGCUGGCCCAAGAAGCCCUCCUUCCAGCUUCAGUUCCGCAUCCAGUAUCGGCCCAUCGUCUACAGCUCCUGGUCGGUGGUGGAGACGGGCAACCUGUCCAAGGUGAUCACGGACGUGGUGGCCGGGCUGGUCCACGUGGUGCAGGUCAGCGCCAGGGACUUCUUGGACGCCGGCAGCUGGAGCGAGUGGAGCCCCGAGGCCUGGGGGAUGCCCGCCAGCAGUAAUGUCAACACAGGACCAGUGGCCACAGUGAGCAACGAGCUCGAAGAUCCAGCAGAGAAUCCUUCCUUGGCCCCCAACGAGUCAGUUGCAGCAGCCGGUCGCAGCGAUCCCACGGAGAAGGUGGCGGUGCUGGUGCUGCUGGGCGUCUUUGCCUUCUUCGUCCUGGCGGUCAUCUUGGUCUUUGCCUUCCUGAUGUGGACCCGGAUGAAGAAGCAAAGCAAAGAAGCCACGAAAAACCACGACCUCCUUGCAGCGGCCAUCCACAUGAAGGCCUUGCCCAAAGCCCAGAUCUUGUAACAUGGAUCGGGUCCCCUGUGUGAGGGGCACCCCAACAUUCACCUCUUCAACUGCAGCUGACCAUCAACUUCCCAAAGGAGUUGCCCCUUUGCUGAACAUCCAUUUCCCAGAAGUAAACUGGAGGCUACUGGUUUUGGACUCAUCCCACAGCCUCUGCCUUGCAGUGGGCAACUACCUUUUGCAGAAAGUCUUCAUGCCCACUAAAGUGGAAUAGGUGGCCAGAGCCAUUGGGUUGAGAGGAUGGGCAUUCCACCCAACGGUCACCCUUCGGACAGCUCCAAACCACAGUAAAUCCUGGCCCUUUGGGACUUUGGGACCAUUUAUCGGUGGGCAAAGACGCAUAGUUUGCAAAAGGUCACCCUGCCCACCAGACUGGCAAGAAGGAAGGGUCAAAGGAUGGACACUCUGGACCUGGCUUGGCUAAGUUGGCACCCCCAAAAUGGUCCACAUUACUCCCUUUGGGACUUCAGGACUAUUGGUUGGCUUGGUGUGACAGCAUGAACCCAUGGGUCGCUGUACAUUGUGGGGAAACUAGAGGAUGCAAGGCAUUGUGGGGGGUGAGGGCCCCUUUUCCAGAGCGUUGGCCAGAGAGAUGGAAGGAAACAGCCCAGAUUUCCCUGAACAUCAACCAUAUUGGCAAAGGGUGCAAACGCCAGCUCAUGCGCGCAUCCAUGUCUUCCUGUGCGGUGUCUCAUUGCGCACACAUUUGCACAUGGCCGGCAAGGGACAUUUCCUGGCCAUGAAUUAAAUCCCUGCUUUUGUUUA